AUGCCUCCCAAGAAACCUGAACCUAAGAAGGAGGCUGCCAAGCCAGCCGCAGCUGCCACCGCUGCUCCAACCCCUGCCCCAGCUCCUGAGCCCCUCAAGGACUCUGCCUUUGACCCCAAGAGUGUGAAGAUAGACUUCAGUGCCGACCAGAUCGAAGAGUUCAAAGAGGCCUUUUCGUUGUUUGACCGGACUCCAACUGGAGAGAUGAAGAUCACCUAUGGGCAGUGUGGGGACGUGCUGCGGGCCCUGGGCCAGAACCCCACCAACGCAGAGGUGCUGCGUCUUUUGGGCAAACCCAAGCCUGAAGAGAUGAGUUCCAAAACCCUGGAUUUCGAGACGUUCCUGCCCAUCCUGCAGCACAUCUCCCGCAACAAGGAGCAGGGCACCUAUGAGGACUUCGUGGAGGGCCUGCGGGUCUUUGACAAGGAAAGCAACGGCACUGUGAUGGGGGCGGAGCUCCGGCACGUCCUUGCUACUCUGGGGGAGAAGAUGAGCGAGGCAGAGGUGGAGCAGCUGUUGUCUGGGCAGGAGGAUGCCAAUGGCUGCAUCAAUUAUGAAGCCUUUGUCAAGCACAUCAUGUCUGGAUAG